AUGAAGUUGAACAAGAAUAUCAGACUUGAGUCGUCCUCCUCUUCCGCCAAUGCAGAUAAAAUAAGAGAAUUUUGGGACUGGAUAUUGAGAAUCGGCAAUGGCGAUGUUGGCGAGGCAAAUGACAGUGAUGCCACAAUUGAAAUUCCCGAUGACAUACUGAUUCGUAAUUCUGCAGAUCUCUUUUUGGAUUUUAUCGAGUUUGUCUAUCCCGAUCUGAUGACCAACCUGUUCACUCCCGAGUAUUUCGAGGGCAGAGCAAUUCUUGCACCCAAUAAUAAAAGUGUCGGUUUUGUGAACGAUCAUUUUUUGUCGAUCAUAACUAGAGAGGAGAAGGUCUAUUUCAGCUCCGAUAAUAUGUGCAAGGAGGAUUUAUUAUCGGAUGUUAACGCAGAAAUAUACUCCCCGGAGUUUCUCAACACCAUAUCAUGCUCCGGAAUUCCACCGCAUAAGUUGACAUUGAAAAGAGGUGUUCCAUUUAUGCUCAUCAGAAAUAUUGAUCAGACCAUAGGAUGUGCAAUGGAACAAGGCUUCGGAAUGACUUUGGUUCCGUCCAACUCUGCAUUGCCUAUUAAAUUCCAGCGGCGUCAGUUUCCGCUGAUGCUCUAUGUCGCACUCUGGAGAGUUAAGAGUCGAAGUGGCAUAAAGAUUUUGAUUAACUCGGAAUCUGGCGAUACAACCAACGUUACAAUUAAUGUUGUAUACAAGGAAGUUUUUAGCAUAUAUGAAGGUUUAUGUUAA